AUGCCGGUGCACGGCGAGCGCGUUCAUGUGUCUGUCUAGGAUGCCAGGCCGUUCCUCUUGGGGGCUAUGGCCUGUGGCUCAAUGAUUCGACGCCCGAGUCUCGCGAAGCACCGUCUACAUGUAUAAAUAAACCUAUGCCAGUCUUGCGAUAGACCAGACGUAGAACCACAACCCAAAUUAGUCGACGCAUCUUCUAUCCUGUACUCGGUCAACUAUCGCCCUUGAAAUCAGUCAUCAUGGUUGCCUAUUCGUACCUUUUGAGCCUUCUCGCGGCGACCGCUGCCGUCGCCAGCCCUGCCCCUAUCCCCAACGACGAGUUCUCCCUCGAAGCUCGCGCUGGUCAGAUCUACGUGUGCAAGGCUGGUGCGGACAAUAACGGCCAGCAUUACGGCGAUAUCAGCUACGACAAGUCAAUCGGCUUCUUUCGUGACGCCAAGACCAAGACGGGCCAGAGCGGCUACCCCAAGCCGUUUGACAACAAGGGCAAUGUCAUGAAGUUUGCCAAGGGCUGUGGCAAGGAUGUUUGGGAGCUGCCCGUCCUCGCUAACGGCAAGCCUUACAAUUAUAAGGAGAAGAAGGGCGACAAGAACAAGCCCGGUCCGAUGCGCGUCUACUACACCAAGGACCUCAAGUGGUGCGGCAUUGGCGGCAAAUUGAAGCCGGACGGCACUGGCAACCCGCACAACUGCCAGCUCAAGAAGUAAACCUCGAG